AUGUACUGGACGGACUGGGGGGAGAUCCCCAAGAUCGAGCGGGCAGGAAUGGACGGAACCAACCGCUCCAUGAUCAUCGAUAAGGAGAUCUACUGGCCCAACGGGCUCACGCUGGACUACGGCCAGCAGAAACUGUACUGGGCCGACGCCAAGCACAACUUCAUCCACCGCUGCAGCCUGGACGGAUCCAACAGAGAGGUGGUAGUAAAGGGCGAGCUUCCCCAUCCCUUCGCUCUCACCCUGUCCGACUCCACGCUGUUCUGGACCGACUGGAACACUCACUCCAUCCACUCGUGCAGGAAGGAGACGGGACGGGAGCAGCGGAUCGUCCACUCAGACAUCUUCUCCCCCAUGGACAUCCACGUGUUCAGCUCCCGCAGACAGAUCAUCUCUCCCACUCCCUGCUCCGUGAGCAACGGCGGCUGCUCCCACCUGUGUCUGCUCUCCCCCAGCCCGCCCUUCUACCAGUGUUCCUGUCCUACCGGAGUCCAGCUGCUGGAGGACGGACAGACCUGCAGAGACGGUGCGACCCAGAUGCUGCUGCUGGCCCGGCGGACCGACCUGCGCCGGAUCUCCCUGGACACGCCGGACUUCACGGACAUCGUGCUGCAGGUGGACGACAUCCGCCACGCCAUCGCCAUCGACUACGACCCGGUGGACGGACACGUGUACUGGACGGACGACGACGUCAAGGCCAUCCGCCGCUCGCGGCUGGACGGGUCCGAGGCCCAGUUCGUGGUCACGGCGCAGGUCAACCACCCCGACGGCAUCGCCGUGGACUGGGUGGCCCGGAACCUGUACUGGACCGACACCGGCACCGACCGCAUCGAGGUGACCCGGCUCAACGGAACCAUGAGGAAAGUCCUGAUCUCUGAGGACCUGGACGAGCCCCGGGCCAUCGUCCUGGACCCGGUGGCCGGCUACAUGUACUGGACCGACUGGGGCGAGGUUCCGAAGAUCGAGCGGGCCGACCUGGACGGGCUGGAGCGGGUCGUGAUGGUCAACACGUCGCUGGGCUGGCCCAACGGACUCGCCCUCGACUACGACGAACGACAGAUCUACUGGGGCGACGCCAAGACCGACAAGAUCGAGGUGAUGGACAUGGACGGGUCGGGCCGGAGGGUUCUGGUGGAGGAUAAACUCCCCCACAUCUUCGGCUUCACUCUGCUGGGAGAUUUCAUCUACUGGACGGACUGGCAGCGCCGCAGCAUCGAACGGGUCCACAAACGCAGCGCCGAGCGCCAGAUCAUCAUCGACCAGCUGCCCGACCUGAUGGGGCUGAAGGCUGCCCGGCUGCACCGGGUGGAAGGCACCAACCCGUGUGCGGAGGACAACGGCGGCUGCUCCCACCUGUGUCUGUUCAAGCCCAGCGGGCUGCAGUGCGGCUGCCCCAUCGGGCUGGAGCUGAUCGCUGACAUGAGGACCUGCAUCGUCCCCGAGGCCUUCCUGCUGUUCUCCCGCCACACCGACAUCCGCCGCAUCUCCCUGGAGACCAACAACAACAACGUGGCCAUCCCGCUGACCGGCAUCAAGGAGGCCUCGGCGCUCGACUUCGACGUGACCGACAACCGGAUCUACUGGACCGACAUCACGCUCAAGACGAUCAGCCGGGCCUUCAUGAACGGCAGCGCGCUGGAACACGUGGUGGAGUUCGGGCUGGAGUAUCCGGAGGGCAUGGCCGUGGACUGGCUGGGGAAGAACCUGUACUGGGCCGACACCUACACCAACCGCAUCGAGGUGGCCAAGCUGGACGGACAGCACCGGCAGGUGCUGGUGUGGAGGGACCUGGACAGUCCUAGAGCGCUGGCCCUGGACCCGGCAGAGGGCUACAUGUACUGGACCGAGUGGGGCGGGAAGCCCAAGAUCGACCGGGCCGCCAUGGACGGAACGGGCCGGAUCACGCUGGUGGACGACGUGGGCCGGGCCAACGGGCUCACCAUCGACUACGCAGAGAGACGGCUGUACUGGACCGACCUGGACACCACGCUGAUCGAGUCCUCCAACAUGCUGGGCCUGGACCGGGAGGUGAUUGCCGACGACCUCCCCCACCCGUUCGGCCUGACCCAGUACCAGGACUACAUCUACUGGACGGACUGGAGCCAGCGCAGCAUCGAGCGGGCCAACAAGACCAGCGGGCAGAACCGCACGGUGAUCCAGAACCACCUGGACUACGUCAUGGACAUCCUGGUGUUCCACUCGUCCCGCCAGGCCGGCUGGAACGCCUGCGCCGCCACCAACGGCCACUGCUCACACCUCUGCCUGGCCGUGCCCGUCAGCAGCUUCGUCUGUGGAUGCCCCGCCCACUUUUCUCUGAACGGAGACAACAAGACCUGCAGCGCUCCGACGUCGUUCCUGCUGUUCUCCCAGAAGUCGGCCAUCAGCAGGAUGGUGAUUGACGAGCAGCAGAGUCCCGACAUCAUCCUGCCGAUCCACAGCCUGAGGAACGUCCGGGCUCUGGACUACGACCCGCUGGACAAGCAGCUGUACUGGAUCGACUCCAAGCAGAACGUGAUCCGCCGCGCCAUGGAGGACGGAAACCAGAGCAUGACGGUGGUGUCCGGCUCCCUCCCCGGGCCCGGCCCGGGCCUGCAGCUCUACGACCUGAGCAUCGACAUCUACAGCCGCUUCAUCUACUGGACCAGCGAGGUGACCAACGCCAUCAACGUGACCCGCACCGACGGCAGCCGGGUCGGAGUGGUUCUGAGGGAUGAGCACGACCGGCCCCGGGCCAUCGUGGUGAACCCGGAGAGAGGGUACAUGUACUUCACCAACCUGCAGGAGCGUUCUCCGAGGAUCGAGCGAGCAGCUCUGGACGGGACUGAACGUGAGGUUCUGUUCCUGAGCGGUUUGGGGAAACCCGUCUCUCUGGCCGUCGACAACGAGCUGGGGAAACUGUUCUGGGUGGACUCGGACCUGCGGCGCAUCGAGAGCAGCGACUUCUCCGGAGCUAACCGGGUGGUGAUUGCUGACUCCAACAUCCUGCAGCCGGUGGGGUUGACGGUGUUUGGGAAACACCUGUACUGGAUCGAUAAGCAGCAGCAGAUGAUCGAACGCAUCGAUAAGACGACCCGGGAGGGCCGGACCAAAGUCCAGGCCCGGGUCCCGUAUCUGAGUGACAUCCACGCCGUGCAGGAGCUGGACAUGAGGGAGUACGGAAAACACCCGUGCACCUUCGACAACGGCGGCUGCUCCCACAUCUGCAUCGUGAAGGGAGACGGGACGACGCGCUGCUCCUGCCCCGUCCACCUGGUGCUGCUGCAGGACGAGCUGUCCUGUGGAGAGCCCCCCACCUGCUCCCCGGAGCAGUUCACCUGUCUCUCAGGUGAAGUGGACUGCAUCCCCCACACCUGGCGCUGUGACGGCUUCUCUGAGUGCGACGACAGCAGUGACGAGGACGACUGUCCCGUCUGCUCCGACGCAGAGUUCCAGUGUGACAGCCGGCAGUGUAUCGAGCUGGCGCUGCGCUGCAACGGAGAGAUCAACUGUCAGGACCGGAGUGAUGAAAACAAGUGUGAAGUGCGCUGCCCCCCCGACCAGUUCUCCUGCUCCAACGGUCAGUGCAUCGGGAAACACAAGAAGUGCGACCACAACAUGGACUGCAGCGACAACUCGGACGAGCUCGGCUGCUACCCGACGGAGGAGCCCCCUGCUCCCCCCAACAACACCAUCAGCUCCAUCGUGGGCGUGGUCAUGGCCUCCUUCGUGGUCGGGGCCAUCUACUUCGUGUGCCAGCGGGUCCUGUGUCCCCAGAUGAAGGACGACGGGGAGACGGUGGCCAACGACUUCGUGGUCCACGGGCCGUCCUCGGUGCCGCUGGGCUACGUCCCCCACCCCAGCUCGCUGUCCAGCUCGCUGCCAGGCAUGUCCAGAGGGAAGUCUGUGAUCGGCUCCCUGAGCAUCAUGGGAGGAAGUUCUGGUCCUCCGUACGACCGGGCCCACGUGACCGGAGCCUCGUCCAGCAGCUCGUCCAGCACCAAGGGAACGUACUUCCCCCCGAUCCUGAACCCGCCGCCCUCCCCGGCCACGGUCCGGUCCCAGUACACGCUGGAGUUCGGAUACUCGUCCAACAGCCCGUCCACGCACCGGUCCUACAGCUACCGGCCGUACACGUACCGCCACUUCGCCCCGCCCACCACGCCGUGCAGCACGGACGUGUGCGACAGCGACUACACGCCGGGCCGCCGCGCGCCGCUCAAGUCUGCUAGCGCGGCGGGCGGCGGCGCUAGCGCGGCUAAGGGCUACACCAGCGACCUGAACUACGACUCGGAGCCGUUCCCGCCGCCGCCCACGCCGCGCAGCCAGUACCUGUCGGCCGAGGAGAACUGCGAGAGCUGCCCGCCCUCGCCCUUCACGGAGCGCAGCUACUCGCACCACCUGUACCCGCCGCCGCCCUCGCCCUGCACGGACUCCUCGUGAGCCACGCCCCCCGGGCCCAGGCCACGCCCCCCGCGGGCCCAGGCUCCGCCCCCUCACUGUAAAUAGCAAUUGUGCAUAAAAACGAGUGGGAGGAGCCGCCAACGAAAAAGGGAAAGAAGCCGCCGGAGCUGCAGAACAUUUGUACAUUUAAAAGAGAAAAAAGCAUAUUUAUAUAUUUUCUAUACAGUGUUUUCCUGAUGACGCCGUCGAGGUUUGUAUUCAGACAUUUGUACAUUUUUUUAAGAAAAAGGUUUUAUUAAAAAUCAUCACAAAUAUAAGUUGCCUUAACGCCGGAGAGGACGAGCUAGCGACGGCUAGCGGCUAACGGCUAACGGCGGCGGGACGCUCGACUCAUCCGAUGCCAAAUACAGAACUGCCAGCGGAGGCUCCGCCCCCAGCGCGGCUAAGCCCCGCCCCCUCCCCCGCCCCCUCCCCCGUCGCCGUGCCAACCGGAUCCACAACGUGGUACUUUGAUUUUACCUCCUUUAGUUUUUAUCUGAAAAAACGGUUGAAACGGUUUUAUGAUCGGAACCGCCCAGGAUGUGAGGAGCCGCCCACCUAGCGAUCAAUAAACCCCGCCCACCGAUCGAUUGAUCCAUCAGUUGCUGGCCACGCCCACAUAUCAACGGACAUUUCGACUUUUUUCUCAACAUUUCGACUUUUUGUCUCAAAUAUUUCGACUUUUUUCUCAACAUUUCGACUUUUUUCUCAAAUAUUUCGACUUUUUUCUCAAAUAUUUCGACUUUUUUCUCAAAUAUUUCGACUUUUUUCUCAAAUAUUUUGACUUUUUUCUCAAAUAUUUUGACUUUUUUCUCAAAUAUUUCGACUUUUUUCUCAAAUAUUUUGACUUU